AUGGCGACCGAGCAGCCGUCGGAGAAGAAGAAGCCGCCGCCGGAGAAGAAGGCCCCGCUCCCCAAGGUGGUCACGCUCAACAAGGCGCUCAAGCUGGCCCAGACAUGGGUGGACGGAAUGAGUGCGCUGGAGCCGGAGGAACUGAACGAUAAAGAUUUCGAGGGUCGGCCGUCAGGGCUUGGUCUUGGUGCGAGAGUGGCGCCAAAUGCGAAGCGGGCAGCUCCCACUGAUCCAGUGGAGAGGAGGUUGCUCGGAAAGGUGAAUGCGCAGAAGAGGAAGUCUGCGGAGGAGGAUAAAAUAAAUACCCAGGAGGUGAAUGAGGCGAGCGACGAUGAUAGCGGUGAGCCUCAAGGUAGAACCAGUGCUUGUAGCAAGAAGAGGGAAUUGCCUUCUGUUACAUCAAUGCCGCUAGGGAAGAAGUUAGCAUGUACUGCUUAG